GAAGCUACGGAUACGUCUUUUCCUGUCUGCUGCAUGUUGCGCUUUCCUGUAGCUUGCGCUGUGCCCCGCAAAAGUUACAAAAGUGUUGUACUUCCUAAACAAUGCAAAUUUAAUUCUUGCUAAUCGACAAUGAUAAAAGCCAUCUUAGUCUUCAAUAACCAUGGGAAGCCAAGGCUUUCAAAGUUUUACCAGUAUUAUCCUGAAUACGCGCAGCAACAGGUCAUCCGGGAAACAUUCCAGCUAGUCUCAAAGAGAGACGACAAUGUCUGCAACUUCUUGGAGGGAGGAACGCUCAUCGGAGGGUCUGAUUACAAAAUCAUCUACCGGCAUUAUGCAACCCUGUAUUUUGUGUUCUGUGUGGACUCGUCAGAAAGCGAGCUCGGCAUCCUGGACUUGAUUCAGGUGUUCGUGGAAACACUGGACAAGUGCUUUGAGAACGUCUGUGAAUUGGACCUGAUCUUUCACGUAGACAAGGUUCACUACAUUCUCAACGAGCUUGUCAUGGGGGGCAUGGUCCUGGAAACCAGCAUGACAGAGAUCAUCACACGGAUUGAAGAACAGAACAAGAUUGAGAAGCAAGAGGCUGGCCUCUCGGCAGCACCUGCGAGAGCUGUGUCAGCAGUGAAGAACAUGAACCUUCCGCAGCAGAUCAAGGACAUGAAGCUGCCCGACCUGCCGUCCAUUGGAAAUCUCAAGUUCUAGAGCUAACAACCAGUUAUGUCCAAUCAUGGAGAAUGGUUUUUCUUGCUCUAUGGGCUCCCUGCCAGUGCAUUUUGCUCUUACACUGUGAUGUCCUAAGUGUUUUUCUUUGUUUUCUGUAAAUAAAGGAUUCAAGAAAGGA